AUGUCGGUUGCUAACGGAGGCCCUCUCGCGACCACAUCGGGCGGCAUGAAGCCCGUCCAAAUCGCCCAGGUCAAGGGAAACUCUCGCGAAAACCGCACUGCUGCACACUCUCACAUCAAAGGCUUGGGUCUGCGCUCAGAUGGCCGCGCAGACACAAAUGCUCAAGGCUUCAUCGGCCAGGUUGCUGCCAGAGAGGCUGCAGCUGUUGUUGUCGACUUGAUUAGAGCAAAGAAGAUGGCCGGUCGCGCUGUCCUCCUCGCCGGAGGUCCUGGAACUGGAAAGACUGCCCUCGCUUUGGCCGUAUCACAAGAGUUGGGAACAAAGGUGCCUUUCUGCCCUAUCGUCGCCUCCGAGGUUUACAGCACCGAAGUCAAGAAGACCGAAGCCUUGAUGGAGAACUUCCGUCGCGCCAUUGGCCUGCGUGUACACGAGACAAAGGAGGUUUACGAGGGUGAGGUCACAGAGUUGACUCCUGAGGAAGCCGAGAAUCCUCUAGGUGGCUACGGUCGCACCAUUUCACACCUUCUCAUCACCUUGCGCUCCGCUCGUGGUACCAAGAAGCUACGUCUGGAUCCCAGCAUCUACGAGGCCAUUCAAAAGGAGCGCGUCCGUGUCGGAGAUGUCAUCUAUAUUGAGGCCAACACUGGUGCCGUCAAGCGUGUUGGUCGUAGUGAUGCUUUCGCUACUGAAUUCGACCUGGAAGCUGAAGAGUACGUUCCUGUACCAAAGGGAGAGGUUCACAAGAAGAAGCAAGUCGUUCAGGAUGUCACUCUCCACGAUCUGGAUAUCGCCAACGCACGUCCCCAAGGUGGCCAGGAUGUCAUGAGCAUGAUGGGUCAAUUGAUGAAGCCACGCAAGACCGAAAUCACCGACAAGCUACGCGCCGAGAUCAACAAGGUCGUCAACAAGUACAUUGAUCAAGGUGUUGCAGAACUCGUCCCCGGUGUCUUGUUCAUCGAUGAGGUACACAUGCUCGAUCUGGAAUGUUUCACCUACCUUAACCGCGCCCUCGAAUCUUCAAUCUCUCCCAUCGUCAUUCUCGCAUCCAACCGUGGCUCCACAACCAUCCGCGGAACCGACAACCUUGUCUCUGCUCACGGUAUUCCUCCGGAUCUUCUUAACCGCCUCCUCAUCAUUCCUACCCACCCCUACUCGGCAAACGAGAUUCGCAGCAUUGUCUCAACACGCGCACGUCUCGAGUACAGCAGCGCUGCGCCACCAUCCCUGCAAGCAGACAAGCCAGGAGCCGCUCAGGGACUGGUUCAGACUACUCAGCUUGCCGACGAAGCUUUGGAUCUGUUGACAAAGCAUGGUGAGCGUGUGAGUCUGCGUUACGCCAUUCAACUUCUGGCACCCUCAGCUAUCCUCUCGCGAUGCAGAGGCUCGGAUAACAACAUGGUCACAGCUCAAGAUGUCAACGAGGCUGUGGAUCUGUUCUGGGAUGCCGGUCGUAGUGCCGGUGUUUUGAGGGAGCAAGGCACAAGCACUGGCUUCAUCUCAUAG